AUGGUAUCAGAACGGGCCCAAGUCACCAACGAUUUCAACACCCUCUUCCGUUCCCUCCCGCCCGACAGAAGCUACAAGGCAUUUGCAAUGCCCGGAGACUUCCACGGCCGCCUUCUUCCACCGUCAUCCGUCCACUUUGCGUACUCUUCUUACGCGAUCCACUGGCUGACGGAGGUGCCCAAGGCGGCCGCAGGCCUCAAGAGAUUGUAUGGUGUUGAGAGAGGGGAGGUUUAUCAAGCUUAUUUGAAUCAAUAUGAGAGGGAUUUGGAGGCAUUCUUGAAGUGUAGGGCUGUAGAAAUGGUGAAAGGUGGGAUAUGGCUCUUCUCAUUCCUGCCUACAUGUUGGGACCCACAAAAAGAGUUCACUAUUGCUUCGGUGAUCGAACUUUUCAGAUCUUCCCUAGAUGAUAUGGCUAGGAAGGGAAAGUUGAGUGAAACAAAGUUAGAUGCAUUCAACUUUCCAUAUUACAUUCCCACUCCGGAACGGGUUUGGGCCAUAUUGCAAAAGAGCAAUAGCUUCAGCAUAGAAAGAAUUGAGAUUUUGAAGAGUGGGACACUGCUUACUGUUGAUGGCCACGUGGCAUGUUUUAAGGCAGCUCAUCAAAAUAUGCUCUCACAUGAGUUUGGAGCUCAAACCAUCGAUGAGUUGUUCGACUUGUUUAAGAACAAACUUCAAACUUCACUAGUAUAUGCAAAUCCUUCUAAUGAUAAAACUCUUGUUGUUGUUGCUAUCCUCAAGCUCAAAAAUGAUGUCGACUCUGAAGUGUUGGAGCAAUCAAACGACUGA